UUCCUAAAUAAGCAGGUGGUCUCAAAAGAGGCUGGACAAAGAAGUGCCAAGGGGAAUAAUGGUGUUUCUCCAAAAGGGGGAAUGAAAGAAGCCAAUACUUUUCAUGGUAAAAAACUGAAUAAGUCCGCUGAGAAAUUAGAAGAAUCCCAGCUCUCUACAGCAGUUGCCCUUUUAACUGACGUCAGCCGAGGAAUGAACACAACCAAGAUAUGUGAUUUAUGUAAGUGCAGUGGACAUGGUGCUCCAGAAUGCCCAAGGUUUAAUGCGCAAACUGUGGAAGAGAAAUGGAAACAAGUCAAAGAAGCUCGCCUGUUUUUCAAUUGCCUUAGUUCUACCAAUAGAAACCACUAUUUACAAGUGUGCCGACAACCGAAAUGUGGGGUGGAAGAUUGCAAAGAACGCCAUCAUCGACUAUUGCAUCGCUCGAAAUCAGUAGUGGGUACAUAUAACAGCUUUGCUGCAUCCAAACGAGAAGAGUCCACACAGGUGUUGCUUCAGACUACGAAGGCAAAUUUGAUUGUGGAUGACUAAACCGUACCCGUCCGAGUGUCACUGGAUUCUAGAAGCCAAAGAUCCUACAUCACAAAGAAGUUGGCUGAUAGACAUGAUCUUAGCGGUCCUACAGAGACUUUCAAUGUGUCAACAUUUCGCGAAACUAAAACCCAAACUAAGAUGAUGAAAAGGGUCGAUAUAUCACUCGGCCCAGCACGAAGUUCAGUUUCCUGCCUUGUUGAGAUGAAAGCUCUCACUGUCAACACGAUUUGUCAACCCUUAGAGCCUGCAGUCGCCUUGAACAUGGAAGCAAAUCUACAUCUUGCUAAUCUCAUAUUCACUGACGUUUACCCGAGAGGCUAGGCCAAAGUGGACAUUCUGAUAGGUGCAUAUUAUUACUUCUCAUUCGUGAAUGUGUGAAUUCAUGAAAGGUUCAUAAUCGGACACACUGACAGCUGUAAAUUCCACGCUUAGUUGGGUUGUAUCAGGACCUUUAACUGGUUGAUCCACUAGUAACACCACCGCAAUGUUUAGUUGUGUUCGUCCUGAUCCUGUAGAGAGCAUUCUAAAGAGCUUUUGGGAGAUUUAGAUGCAAUUGGUAUUGUUGAUGAGGGAGCUAAACUAUCGCUCGAAGAGAAUGAUGCUGUUUGCCAAUUUAAAAGAGAAUUGAAACUUGAUGGCCAAUGGUACGGAGUAUCUUUACCAUUGAGAGAAAAUCAUCCAGAGCUUUGUGAUAAUUACAACUAG